AUGUCACCUUACAGACUUGUGUUUGGUAAGAUGUGUCACUUACCUUUGGGUAUUGAACACAAGGCGUACUGGGCAGUGAAAGAAAUGAACAUGAAGCCGACAGCUUGCGAAGAAGAGAGGAAGUUACAAUUGAAAGAGUUGGAGGAACUUCGGCUGGAGUCGUUUGAGUCUGACAUGUGGUACAAAGAAAAGAACGAAGUUAUGGUGCAUGAUAAAAAACCUCCGGGUCAAGGAACUUCAUGUGGGACAGAGAAGUGCUCCUUUUUCAGUCCCUGCUUAAGCUCAUGCCAGUGGAAACUGAAGUCUAAAUGGAUUGGCCCAUACACCAUCGUUGGCAUCCAAGCAAAUGGAGCAGUGGAGAUCCAGGGUAGCACUCUAAACUCAGUUCUUUCCUUGUAA